UUCAUUAAUGGUACAAUGUAGUUCAGUGCAGAGUUAUGUUCAACAUUAAGAGCACUAUUGUAUUCCAGUGUUGUCCUUGUUGCUGUGCAAUAUUUUCUUCAUAAACAGACAGGAGACUAUACAGCGACUUUCAGCCUGCUGAAUUCCACGACAUAACUACGAUUACUCAGAGUGACAUAUCUUUGAAACUACACAACUUCUGCCACAACAAAUCCUCACCGGCCUUCAGCGCGUGCUAACUAUGCAACAGUUGCUAUUUAUAAUUCACAGAAGGAGUUCUGCAAACUGAACAACUGACCGCAAGUGUAAGAUGUUUUCAGCUGGCACUUUCGGUCGGGUAUGCAAAACAGCGAUUUGUACAGUAUGGAGAUCCAACACCCGGAGCGCUAGUCAGAGGCUGGAUAUUAGCGGGAUUUAUCCACCCAUUGUCACACCGUUUACACACGGAGAAGAUGUCGAUUAUCAAAAACUGGAGGAAAACCUACAGAAGUAUAGCAAGAUACCCUUCAGAGGUCUGGUGGUGCAGGGGUCAAAUGGGGAGUACCCAUACCUGAGCUCAGAGGAGCGUGUGGAGGUGGUGAAACGCGUCAGACAGGCUCUGCCCACAAACAUGCUGCUGAUGGCAGGAUCUGGCUGCGAGUCCACCAGAGCUACAGUGCAGAUGACUGAGGCUAUGGCAAAAGCGGGCGCGGACGCUGUUUUGGUGGUCACGCCCUGUUUUUACCGCGGUAGGAUGGACAGCAGAGCACUGAUCCAGCAUUACACCCAGUUGGCAGACUCCAGUCCUGUACCAGUGGUUCUGUAUAGUGUCCCAGCCAACACGGGUUUGGACCUCCCAGUGGACGCAGUGGUCCGCCUGUCCCAGCACCCGAAUAUAGUGGGUCUGAAAGACAGUGGUGGAGAUAUCACUAGAAUAGGUCUGAUUGUUCACAAAACCAGAUCACAGGAUUUCCAGGUUCUUGCUGGAUCUGCUGGUUUUCUCUUGGCUGCAUAUUCAGUGGGGGCAGUAGGGGGUGUGUGUGCCCUGGCGAACGUGCUGGGUCAGCAGGUGUGUGAGCUGGAGAGACUGUGUGUGUCAGGACGUUGGGAUGAAGCAAGAGAGCUACAGCAUCGCCUCAUAGAGCCAAACACAGCGGUGACAAGGAAGUUUGGGGUGCCCGCCUUGAAGGCUGCGAUGGAGUGGUUUGGUUACCAUGGAGGUGUGUGUCGCUCUCCCCUGCAGCCUCUCUCUGAGGCAGAGUCACAGCAAGUGCGUCAAGACUUCACGUCCAAUGGCUGGCUAUGAAGACGACGAGGGGCGUGGCUUAUAAUGAUUCCAAAACACACACAUACAUACAUAAUGAACAUAGUAGCCAUGUAUAAACUGCUAAUAGGGUAUCAUGGCAUAUUUUUUUUUAAAUCACAGAUAACAGAAGUGUUAUGUAUAAUUUGACAGUUUCUAUCAGUUUUUGAGCAAUGCAGUUUUCACAUGAUGUUGUUUAGUUGAACAUCUAGUCAGACAAGUAGAGUAAAGGGAAAUAUGGAGGCAGGAUUUCAUUCUUAACAACAUCCGCUUUUUUAGUUUAGCACGCUAAAGCAAGUGGGUGUAAUUGUUUUCUUCUGGAUAUUGUUACAAUAAAAAUCUGCGCGGAUUUGUUUUGGAUGCGGUACACGCCGCCUUGAAUAUGAAAUGAUGUGAACUAUUUUUUUUUCCCUUAAAAAGGACUGGAAUGACUAAAAUUUUCAUGUCUUCGCCUAUCCGUUUUACAUGCCCUACUAUUCCCCGCACUCUGUUUUGCCAUCCCCGUCGUGGCAUGACCACUGCGCCACUCUGGGAAGGUCGAGCACCUGUGCAUGCGUAAUUCACUGACACAUGCCAUCUCAGCCACUGUGUCUUUCUGCCUGUCAGAGUCCAGGCAGUCUCCAUAGGAACGUAGAGGGUGUGGAGGACCUUGCUAUUUCUCUGGAUUCACCUGCUGCAGUACAGACGCCCCACUGAGGCUCAGCUCAGACUCGCUGAAGUGCAGCGACACGGAGCGUACCCCGUCUGGCUGACCCGCCCACAGCGUGGCCCGUUACGCUUUUAGCCACGCCCAAGCUGGCCGGUACUAACAGUGAGGUUCAAACACGGGACCUCAGCGUUGGUGUGCACCGUUACCUAAGCAGCAGAUGUUUCCUUAUCUUGACUUGCUCUUUUAAUAUUUGAAGCCAUGUGUUGUUUGUUUAGCGGUGAAUUGCUCGGUUGGCCACAGGGGGGCGCUGUAACCCACUGAAAACCCCAGGUUUGAGUGGUAUCCUCCCAGGGGGGGGUAGAUCCUAUGAUCUCUAUUAGAGAAGACUGAAAACCCUGGCAUGUGAUUCCACUGGACACAACUGUGGAUGGAGGGAAUUCUGCGAAACUAGAAGAUGUGAUGGAGUAAGCACCGAGUUAGAAUGCCGCUAAAACGAAGGCAAAGAGAAAAAGACAAACAAGAGACCUGUCACUCUCUGUCUUUUCUUCUGUCUCUCUCUUGUCACUCGCAUCCUGCGCCAUUCUACCCACCUCCCUCUUUGUCUGUUCCUAGAUCUUCUUCUAUCACUUCUUAAGCCCUAAUCUAAAAAUCUUCCUGUUAGCUCUCUCU